GAUCAACCGUACAUUUUUGUCUUGAAUUCAACGACCAGAAACCAGAAAUCAAAAUUAUGAAAUCCAAACGAAUAUUGGUUGCACCGGUCAAUGCUGUUGGUCAUGUUAAUGCUUGUAUUGGUGUUGCGUUACCAUUGUUAAAACGUGGUUAUCGUAUUUGUUUUUUCCUUGAAAAACCAUAUUCGGGUAAAUUAAAAUCCUAUGGUUUUGAAGAAUUUCUAUAUGAACCAUUCAAAGAUAUUGAUGAUGAACAAGAUGAUGAUGAUGGCGAAAAAUUUAAAAAUCCAGGCGAUUAUUUGGCAAAUAAAUUAUUAAAAAUGGGUAUUUUAGGACAAAAAGAUGUACGAUUACAAUUGGCUAAAAUGGAUGGAAAAUCAAUGUAUAAAUUUGAUCAACGAUCAUAUGAAAAUCAACAAUUACAAAUGGUUAUUGAAUCAUUUCAACCAGAUUUAUUUAUAGUGGAUAAUAUGAAAUUAGAACCGGCAAUUUUUGUUACGAAAAAACCAUGGAUUCGUAUUAUAAGUGUUGUACCAUUAAUAUAUUUACAAGAUAUUUCCAAUGAAUUACCACCAGCAUGGACUGGUUUUUCAAUCAAUGAUCAUCAUUCAGAUUGGAAUGAUUUAAGAAAAUUUACCGAUGUUUUUCGUUUUAGUAAAGAUUGGAAUGAUAUUAGUGAAUCACUUGGUUAUCAACGUUAUCCAAAUGAUGCGCUAAUACCUGAUACACAAUCAUUAACAAUAUAUGCUUAUCCGGAAGAAUAUGAUUAUCCUGAAAUUAAAAAAUAUUGUAAAAAUUGGUUUAAUUUAGAUGUUUUCAAUAAAAAUGAAUCGGGUGAAAAAAUUGAUUUGAAAGAAUUUUUACCAAAAGAUUUUUAUGAAAAUAAUUUGAAUGGAAAUUGGUCGGGUAAAUGGAUUUAUGUUUCAAUGGGUUCAAUGGGAUCGGCCGAUCUGAAUCUAAUGCAUCGUUUGAUUGAAAUUUUGUCCAAAACUAAUCAUAAAUACAUUGUAUCAAAAGGACCACGACAUAAUGAAUAUGAAUUAACCGGUAAUUUAUGGGGUGAUCGUUAUUUACCGCAGGUAAAAAUUCUACCUGUUGUUGAUUUAGUUAUUACACAUGGUGGUAAUAAUAGUGUAACUGAAACAUUUGCUCAAGGUAAACCAAUGAUUAUUAUGCCGCUUUUCUGUGAUCAACAUGAUAAUGCACAACGAUUAUCAGAAACAAAUUGGGCAAUCAAAAUACCGCCAUAUGAUUUUACUGAUAAACAGCUAAUCGAAUCGAUUGAUCGUCUACUUUAUGAUAAAGAAUUGAAUCAACGUUUAAAACAAGCAUCAAAACGAAUACUACAAACUGAUAAACAUGAAAUAGUUUGCGAUAUGAUUGAUAAAAUUUUAGAAAAAUGA